AUGGAAAUCCAAGAAGAACCAUUACCAUUGUUGACAUUAUCGAAUGGUCAUCAUAAUAAUAAUUUUAAAACAUCGACAUCAAAUAGUGAUCGAAAUGGAAGUUCGAAUUCAGAUUCAGAAUCACAAGAUUCAUUAAGAAAUGGCAACAAUGGCAACAAUAGUCAAGAUUCAAAUCGUUUUAAUUCAUAUCUAAAUCGUGGCAGUGAAUUAUGGACACAUUGGACAUGGCUUGGUGGCCAAGGAAAAAUGUCAGUAAUGCGUUGUAAUUAUUGUCUUGUAAAUAAACAGCUAAAAAAUGCACCAAAAUGUCGCCGUCAUUUAAUAAAAUGUCAAAAGACGCCCGAAGUGGUACGUAAAUUUUUUGAACGUAAAGAAAUCGAAGCAUCGCGAGUAUCUGCUUUUAUGCGUGAAAUACGUUCAAAAGAGGUAAAAUUUCCUCGUAAUCAACAACAUCAGCCACAAACUCAAUUAUCAGCUGAUAAUCCGAAUCAUAAAGUGGAAAAGAUUGAAUCAAAACCACAUAUUCCACCGCAUAUCCAUCAUCGAUCAGCAUCAUCAAGAAUCGUACCUAAACCAACAGCCAAUGAUCUGAAACAUUUAAAUCAAAAACAACAAACAACAAAUGGACACCGUAAUCAUCAUCAUCAAAAACAAAUGGUCACAACAACAAAUUCAAAUAACGGGAUUAAUAAUAAUGAUGAUGAUGGUGAUCAUUAUAAACAUAAAGAUCAUUCUAAAUCACCAUCAUCGAGAAUUGAAGUUACAAAUUAUUCUACUACCGAUCUGAUAAAUAAGACAAGUAUAUUAAUGAAUUAUUCCCCAUUGAUUAAUCGUUCGAUGAAAAAUUUGGCCGAUCAAUCACCAAAGACAACAACAACAACAACGGCAACUAAUCCGAUCAAUAUGAAUGGUCGUAAUAAUAAUAAUCAUCAUAUUAGUCAAAAUGAUCAUCCAAAUUGUGAUAGUACGAUUGAUUACAAUCAUUUACUCUAUCAAUUAAUGUCAAUGAAUUCAAUACCAUCGACAGCGAUUUCUACCUCUACUGCUGUAACUAAUGUAACGCCGGAUAAUCCAACCGUUGUUGUUGAUCAUCAAAAUAACAAUAGUAAUCGUUACCCCAUAUUAUCGGGCAAAUUGAAACGAAAACACGUACAUCCAACCGUUAUUGAUUAUCAUCAUUCAACUAACGGUAAAGAAAAUAGUCUUAUAAUUCAUGAACCAACGAAAAAAUUGACAAACAACAAUCAUAAUCAAAAUGGUGGCUUGAAUAGUAAUAAUACCGUGGUCAUUAAUUUGGAUGAUAUGUCAAUGAUGUCCAAUCACAAUCUUCAAGAUGACCCGAUUUAUUUCAAUCAAUUAGGAAAUGGACAUGAGGAAAGUUUAAUUGUGACAAUGAAUGGUAACGGUCAUUUGCGUAAAAGAAAACGUGACAAUUCUUUAUCAUCAUCAUCAUCUUCAUCACUAAAUAAUAAUAAUUCAUCAAAUUUCACUGGUAAAUCGACUGCAUUCAUGCAUAAUGGUGCAAGUAAUGACAUAGAUCUUCGUAAUAAUAAUAAUAAUGGCGUUCAUAAUAAUGUUAAUGGAAAUAAUUCGAUGGAACUGACCGAAUUGGCAUCGCAAGAUAUUGAUAUAUUACAUGAUGACUUGAAUGAUAUCCUUAUGUCUGCAUUAAUUAGCCAUGGAAUCGAAUUGGAUUUCAUAAAAAAUUCAUAUUUUGAAAAAUUCAUCUCAAAAUUGGUGAAAUUUUGCACAUCAAAUAAAAAUUAUCGCCUACCAUCAGUGGAUACACUAGUAUCGAAUAAUAUACUGAAUUUGAUAAGGAAAUUUGAUUAUGAAACUGCUAAAAUAUUUUCCGAAUGUGAUUCAAUAAUUGUUUCGUUCGAAAACAACGAUGACCAUCCGAACAGCAACGAAAUUAAUGAUGAUGAUGUUACCGAUGAAGUUGCAGCAUUGAUGCCCCAAUCGUAUGGCAAACGGUUAAUUCAACGAUAUAGCAGUAGUGGCCCAAUAACGAAAAAACAGCAACAAUUAAACGUCAAUCUUAUGAUUGCAUCAUCAAAUACAUGUUUGAAUUUAUUUUACAAAUCAAUCACUUAUACAAGACAAUCGCCAUCAUUGUCGCCCAAUAAUGGUGAUAUCGAUGUCAAACAUCUUAACAAUCAAAUCGAUUCGUUGUUUAAUAAACUAGGUCCGGAUCGUAUUAAUGCCGUCAUAUUGCCAUACAAAGAGGAUCGAUGUGCUAAGAUGAUCCAUUCAUAUCUGGCUGCAUGUCAUUCUCAUAUUGUACCGUUGACCAAUUCAUAUCGUCUAUUUCAUCAUCUACUUUGUGAUAUAUGUCGUAUUCCGUCCAUACAUCGUGUAAUCACUAGAUCGAUGAUUUUGUUCCAAGAUCUAUUGGCAACAACCGAAACCAUUGAUGAUAAUCAAUUCGAUUUUCAUAGAGAAAAUCAAAACCACUGGAGACAGGUAUUUGAAUCGGAUCAACUCGGAAUUUUUCGUCAUUUUAUAAGGUCAAAUGAUGAUGAUAAUCAUUCUACUGACAUUUCUCGACUGAAUCAACAAUCAAACAAGAAUGCUUAUUGGAUCUCACUAAAUAUGAUGCUUUGCUGGUCACUUGUCGCACGUUCAAGCAUAAUGAAAUUAUUCGAACAAAUACACGAUGAUGAGGAUGCUUCGAAUAACAACAAUCAAUCGAUUAAUCAACGUUUGAAAAACAUCUUACAACAAAUCCAGCUUGAAAUUAGCCAAUUGGAUCAAUUUUUCGAUCAGAUCUCAAUUCUAUUUAAUUUUUUGACACCGUUCAUCAAUGCCAUACAUUUGAUUGAAAACGAGUCCACCGUGAUCUCAGACAUCAUUAAAAUUUAUUAUGAUGUCAAGUUGGCCAUAAAUAACAAUAACUUUUUCAAUGGUAUACAAAAUGUUUGUGAUAAAACCGAACGUCAAACGAUUGACAGUAUUCUACAUGGCUAUUUAAAUGAACAAAAUUUGUCCCGUUAUUAUUUUCUGGCCUAUUAUCUGGAUCCACGAUUCCGUGAAGAUCGCCGUAUUGAAGAGAAUGAAGAAUUAACCGCACAAGUUUAUGAUGCAUUAUUCACUUAUGCACAAGCACUUGGCUGUGUUAACAAUGAAGAAGAGGAUCGUGAGAAACUUGUUGAUAGCCUUGAAGAAUUCCGUAACGGUGAUAAACUAUAUGGUAUGCAGCUGCUUAAAUGUCCAAAAUCACCCAGUAAAUUCUGGAAACAUUUACGACGAUUUCCAGGCAGUGCUAAAUUAGCUUAUUGUGCAUCACGAUUGUUAUCCAUAUCGACACGUUCAAUGUUGAUGACAACAUCACCAUCUGAUGAUCCAUGUGUACGUUCACUUUGCGAUCGAAUCAUUAAUCACCAUCGACGACAAAAUGAUAAUGAUACUAAUGAACUCGAUCAUGAUUGUCAGAUGGCAUGUGAAAAAUUAUUGCCUAUCAAAUCAUAUUUAUUAUCUAGUAGCCAGAAAAUGCCAGCCAUUUUGAUCGAUGGUGAUGGGGGCGAUGUUGCCGUUAUCGACAAGAAUAUUAGUAAUAAUGGAAAAAGUUCAGGCCAACUAAACUCAAACAUAUCUCAGAUAAUCUUUAAUGUGAUUGCCUCAUUGGAUCAAUAUAGAUCAUUUAUUGCUCAACCAUUUUCCACCCGUGACUUAUCGACCUUUUUCGUUAAUAAUAAUAAUCAUAAUAAUAAUGAUGAUAAUCAACAAUCACAACCAUCAUGAGUGAAUAAUUUAAAGUGCCAUCAUUGUAAAAAACAAUGUGUUCAAAAAAUACAUAGACACAACGAUAUACUCUUACAAACUCAUUAACACACACACACACACACACACAUUUUCAUAACAUUCAUUUUCAUUUUGAAUGUGUUUCUGGAUACA